CUGAAAAUUGGAUGCAGACGAGCACGAAUUUCUCGAAGACGUCUAGUCACGGUGAAAGGGAUAGUAUUGUCCACAACAAAGCCCUACUGCAGCAGCAACAACCAUUCCUGCUCGGAUGGAGCUUCUACCUCUAAAGGAGAGCAGCCUCGCACUCUGACACAGGUCAUAGCCGCAGCAGAGCAGUCACACUGUCUUCCUUUGACAAGAUCAGAAGUCGCAGAAGAACUCAAAAAACAUCGAAUUCCAUUUGAAAAAGUAGCUCAUGGAGAUUUUCUUCGUACGGACUGCGUGUAUUGCGAAUCAAAACAUUCUUGUUUCAUUUCCGGCAGCGACAAUUCUGUGAGAUGUGUGGUUUGUCACGAGCUGACAACUUUGGAAGAGUUUUUGUCAAAAGCCAGCAUAGUAGCAUCUUUCGCAGACAAGCGAACAACAGAACAGAAACUGUCUGAAGCGAAGAGGCUCUUUUUCAUGGAACACCCAGAAGACGCUGAUCCUGAUCUGUACGACCGGACAAAUUUCAAAUCGUUCUUAAAUGAAAAUAAAACGCCAGAUAAAGGACUUUAUGAUAGAGAAAUCGACCAUCCAAAUAUGAAGAAAUGCGCGAAGUUUCCAGUUGAUCCUGUAGUCCAAAGUCUAUGGCAAAACAGUUUGGAUAUCAACGAUCUGGCUUUGGAGCAGAAUGAUAUGAAAUUCCUUCUCAGUAUUCUUGGUAUCGAUCGAAUCUCAUCUGAAACAUUAUCUCGCUUCAACAUCCGCGGUUGCGUGGAUAAGCGGAAUCGAGCGUCGAUCCUUUACCCAAGGUAUGGCAGUUACACGUUUUCGGAUGCAUUUCCUGUUGGAGUGAAAGUGAUACGAAAAUUGGAUGAUGUUCUCAAAAAAGAAGUUUAUCCGAAUGAAGCAAGUCAGUUCUGCGGCUUCUUUGGCUAUCAUUUGACAACCUCUAUGGAUCGACGCGUAGUGUUGACUACUAAUGAACGCGAUGCUCUUGCCGUUUACGAUGCCACUGGAGGAGUAUUGACGUUCUCCUUACCUCAUGGUCGCCAAGUUGAUCUUCAAAUCCUCCCUUAUCUCGCAAGAUUUGAACAAAUUUUUCUGUGGUUUCCUCCGCAACAUCAGGAUUUCGCUAGAGAAUGGGGCUACAGGCUGGACGACGUCCGAUGCAGGCUCAUAACCUCUUCCGAAAGGCCCAUAGAACUAGUGCGUAAUGGAGGACACAAAGAUGUCAGAGGUAUCAUUGCACACGGAGCAGCACGACUGCGUGAAAGAGGAUUUAUAAGUGCAAGUGAUAUCCGCGAUGAAGUCAAAUCCGACUUGGUCUACUCUAGUGUUCGUCAAAACGGUCUUGCACAGUGGAAGCGGUUUGCUCCACUCAACAAGUACCUCCAAGGUCUUCGACCCAGAGAACUCACUGUGCUGACGGGAGGCACGGGGUUCGGCAAAACAACAUUCCUUUGCGAAUAUUCUCUUGAUCUGUUCACUCAAGGGAUACGUACAUUAUUCUGCAGUUUCGAGAUGCCAGAAGUAAAAAUAUUGAAAUGGAUGCUGGUGCAGUUCGCAGGCGUACCACUCUAUCGCUCUGAUUACGGCAGCAGCGUUGAUGUUUGGUUGGAUAGAUUCGAAAGGAUCAAAGGACCUUUGACAAUAAUGAAGACGAGCGACUUCAGAGAAAAGAGCGUUUCGCAGAUUGCUGAAGUAAGACAUAGUGUUCAAAGUCACCGUUCACCCAAGUUGAGGAUGACGAGAUUUCCAUAA